UGAAAACACAUGGCGUCAUUCUUCCGCGGCACCUCACUGCUUCGACAACACGAUGGAGGAUGCUUGUUCAGUUGCUCUGCGGGAGUUUGGAUGUGAACAAAAUCUUCUUUCUCGUCCCGAUGGGUCCGCGUCAUUCAUACAGGGAGACACCAGCGUGAUGGCUGGAGUCUAUGGACCGGCAGAAGUUAAAGUCAGCAAGGAGAUCUAUGACCGGGCCACGAUGGAGGUUCUGAUCCAGCCCAAAGUGGGUCUGCCCUCCGUUCGUGAGCGCUCUCAGGAGGAGUGUGUGCGAGAAACCUGCGAGGCCGCCCUGCUGUUGGAGCUGCACCCGCGCUCUUCCAUCACUCUGAUCCUGCAGGUUCUGCACAACGACGGCUCUCUUCUGUCCUGCUGCCUGAAUGCUGCCUGCAUGGCUCUGAUGGACGCUGGUCUGCCCAUGAGCCACCUCUUCUGUGGGGUGACUUGUGCCAUCGCCACCGACGGACACAUCAUCACCGAUCCCACUGCAGCUCAGGAAGCGGAGAGUCGAGCGUUGAUGACGUUUGCCAUGGAUAGUCGCGACAGCAACGUGAUGAUGUCAUCGACAAAAGGAGCCUUUUCUGUCGAGGAGCUGCAGCGCUGCAUCGCCAUCAGCCAGAAGGCUUCAGAGAAAAUCUUCGCCUUCUACAGAGACUCCGUCAGUCGACGAUAUUCCAAAACCCUCUGAUGUUUUUCUGAUUCAUUGUUUUGCACAUAAAUAAACCCCAAAAACACUGCUGAAUCCAGACGUGGUAGAAAGUCAAACAAGUGCAUUUAUUGAGGUUCUCUUCGUCUUUACAUUUAAUAUACAGCAAAGUCCCCUUGUACAAGCAGUGACCUCUAAUAACCCUGAUGACGCUCAAAGUUUGACUUGAAGGAUUUCUGUCAGAAAGGUUUUUAAUGGUCAAGAAGAUCUAAUUUAAUGGCACUUUUUGUGAGACUUUUUUGCUUAUUCUUGAAAAACAAUUGAUUAAAAGAAAAAUAUUCAUUAUUCAAUUAAAUAUAAGGCUAAGUGGGAUAUAAAUAUUCGUUAUGAAUCUGUGAAUUCAAGAUCACAAUUUCUAAAUAAUGUUUGAACUGUACUAUUUUAAAUAAUGUUGAAAUAUUAAUUUUAAUGGAGAGAAAAAUCAGGUUCAUUAUUUUUAUUAUUAUUAUCAUGUUACAUAGUACUAUAUUCCAUCAAAUACCUAAAGAUAGCAUGACACCAAUGCUCAGCAAGGUGUCAUAUGGACAAAAUAUAUAAAUACAAAUUUAAAAAAUGCAUGGAUAAGUAUGAACAUGUUUUUAUUUGAGUUAAAACUAAUUAUUUUAUGUGCACAAACAGUAAAAUGCAUUUUGUUUUUUUACAUUUAAGUGCAUGGAUGACAAUAUAUGAAGACAUUAUUUCACCACAUCACUUUCACAGUCACUCUCCUGAGUGCAGAAGUUAUUAUCUCCCUCAGCAGUGAUGCAAGACAGUGGAGUAAAUAGCUCUUUUCGAAAUCCUCCGACAGAAUUCUUCCAAACAAACUUUGAGCCUGAAACUUCCCUCCAGGCAAAGUAGCUUCUGAUAGACACGCGACUGAGAAACGUUGGGUGUCCAGUGAUGGGGGGUCAGAGUCUGGACGACGUGACGAGGAUUCACACGAACAACUUGUCUAUGUUACAACAAAGCAGCUAUAAAACUGUACAUCUUUCUUGAGAAACAAAACCCUCGGUCGCUGCCUCGCCGAUGGCACGUUUAAGGACUCUCAAUCAGCUUCUGUAUCAUGAGCUCUGCACGCAUGCGGUCGUGACCCCAACAGCUGACUCAUGCAUCACGUGGCUCACAUCUGUUUUGACUAAUUUGAAGCACCAUUCUAGUUUUUACGAGACAAAAAUAGCAGAAUCUAAAUUUGUAAUCACAAUCCAGCAGCAGCUAUUUUUGGAUUCCGUGAAUAGCAUUUUGAUAUUUUGUUGUUGGCACUUGCAGAAUCACUGUAUUUAUAGAUCAGACUAGAAAGAAUCAUGCUCUUUUCGAGGUCACGCUGUUGCGUCUGGUGUGCAGGAGUCUGGUAACGUUUGGCCUCACUGAAGCAGAAUGAUGCAGCAUAGUUCCCAUGGAGGUUGUUCUGAACGCUGGCUGCCCCUUUUUCUUAUUAAAAAAUACAGUUUUCCUGGAUUCAGAUAAGAUGAUAUCUACAGUGGUGAUUCAAAAUGAUGAUCUAAACAUGGGUUUUUUUGACAAAGCUUCACUCACCUCUGACCAAAACAGGUGCAUGAAACCUCCUUAUUUUAUCAUUAUCAUUUCACCUUCACAAUCGGUCAGUUAAAACUCUUUAUAAAAUGGUAGCUUAAUGUUUACGGAAUAAAGAUCAUUUACAAAAACACUGUAUGUAGC